AUGGACCUAGCCGAAUCCCCCCUUCAACCCCGCGACAUAUGCCCCGCAUCCGUAUCCGCAACCGAAGUCCUGGCCAACCGCGGGUGCUUCCAUUGGCCCAUGGAGCUGCAAGACAAGGAUUUUGUGCAGUUUGUUGGUGGUGUCGUGGGUGUGAAGGAUGUUUAG